AAAAGUGCUUCUGGUUCUUCGCAGAGUGACCGCUCAGAGCAAGAAGAUUCUGAAAUUCUGACCAUCCCCAUCAAAGUAACAGGAGAGCGUGAAGUUUACCUUCAGGAACUUGAAGCUGAAGACGAGACUGCUCGGCGUGUAGAAGCGUGGACGGAUUCAACAGAUGCGGAGGAUGAGCCUGCAAAAGUUACAAGGCGGAAUGAAGCAGAAGCUGGAGUGACUGAGGCUCCCAGUUAUGCGCAAGCUUUCGUAGAUACAUACCUUGUUGAGUUCCCGGAAAUCGCAGAACCGUCUCGAGAAAACCCUGCACAGUUAUCCGAAUGCGUUGAGGCAGUACAAACAGACUUCCAGUUUCCAGUCAAAGAUAUCCAAAAAAUUGUUGCCGAAUACGAAAAGUUCGACCAAAAUAGUGAAACUGCUUACACUCUUGACAGCUCCGAGACGCCGUACUCCACGCGGCCGAAGCCGAAUCCAGCACCAGCAGAACGAAUCGAAUUCGAACAAGUCCACCCCCUACUACAUUGGACGGCAGAAUCUGAAUCGGAAAAAGCCCUCGAACCAUCCGCCAAAAUGGUACCACCAAAUAAAGCCGAAUCUGCACAAAUCCCGGAUCCAUUCGGCAUCCCGGUGCAACCAGUCAGAAUUAAGACCGUAGCAAUCCCCAAACCACCCCAAGACGAUCGACACAGGCACAAUCACGGAUGA